AUGGCCUUCUCAAGUGGAAGUAAAGAAGAGAAGCCGGAGAAUAUGAAUGAGAAUGAGAAUGAGAAGCAAUGUGAGAAUAAUAACAGAAAAGGGAAGAACAAAAUAUGCAUCAAUCAUCAAACCACACACCACUCACUCGAUUUCAGGCUCUGCAACUUCAAUGCUAUUCAGGUUCCACAAGGAUGGAACAAGCUAUUCAUUUACAUAACAAGCGUGGAAAGUGGGAAAACCAUAAGCAAAAUGGGGAAAGCAUCAGUACAAAAUGGAGAGUGUCAUUGGAAUGACUCUGUUUCUCACUCCAUUUGCAUUUCUCAAGGCACUCAUCAUUUCAAAGGCUCCCUCAUUAAGCUUGUUGUCGCCAUGGUUCAAGUUCAGUGUUUGUCACCAACAACAACAACCAGAGAUGAGCAUGUGGAUGAAGAAAACUCAUUUGUGGAGGAAAUGAACGUUGACUAUGAUGAUCUAGACAAUAAAUCAGAUGCAUCUGAAAGUACCACAUUCAACAACAAUGUUGAACCCUCAUGUUGUAACCAAUUGCAGAACACAUGCCAACCUGCUGAGCUUAGCAGCAAUGAAACAAAUCUGUUUGCAUCAGGUUCUUCUUCAUCUGGAAAUCAACAAGCAGAUCACUCUAAUAAUGGCAGCUACACAGCUUCAGCAGCCAUCAAUUCAGGCAUGAAGCGUCAAGAUAAAAUGGAAGACUUUGGGCAGCGAGAUUCACGACGCCAGCGUGCGACACUGGCGAAAAGUUUAGGGUCAUCUAAAGAUCUUUUGGAUGCCGCAGAGGUCACAAUCAAGUUACUUAAUGCAGAAGCCAAAAUGUGGGAGAAUAAUGCUAGGAGAUUUUUGAUUGAUGUGGAAAGAUUGCAGACAGAUUUGCGUAGCAAGUCAGACAAGGAGAAAGAGGUUGAAAUGGAGUUAUCUGCAUUGCAGAAAGAAUGUUAUGGGUUGAAGGAUGAAAUCGAACAGCUAAAAACUAUGCUAGAGGAAUCAUCAAUGGCGAAACAGAAUGACAGUCAAAACUCAAAGCUUCAGGCUGAAGAGAUGGGGAAAAUGAUAAAGGAGUUGAAAGAUGGGAUAGAGUAUCAUAAAGGACUAAAUAAUGACCUAGAAUUCCAGCUCAAGAAAGCACAGAAGUCCAACAUCAAUCUUGUUUCUGUUCUUGAGGAGCUAGAAAAGACAAUAGAAAAGCAAAAGAUGGAGAUUAUUGAUCUAUCAAUGAAUAAGUUUCAAUUUCAAGAUGGAACAGAUUAUAGCCAGGGACUUGAUGACAGUGAGGAAUAUGACUUUCAUUUGAAGAAGCCGGUUUUACCAGUGAAAAUAACGAUGGAUUCUUCUGAUUCAGAUCUUGAUAUCUCUAGCUCUAAAUUUCCAAUAAAAUGUCUCUAUGAAGGUAUUGAACUAAAGGAAUUCUGGAGCAUAGAGCUGCAAGAGAAACUAAAGAACAUGGAAGGUACCAUCACACUUCUGGAGAAAAGUCUAGCAGAAAAAGAUGAACAAAUGGUUAAGGAAAGAGGUUUGAUGGCUAAAAUUGUAGAAGAAAAUGAAGCAAAAUGGAAGCAUAAGCUAUUUGAGAAAGAACAAGAGAUUAUCACCAUUGAAAAGAAGCUAUAUGGGGGUAUUGAUGCUUUUGACCAAGAAAUCAGAGCUUUAAAACAGAUUAUGCAAGAGCUUGAAGCAAGAACUUGUAAGAAUCUUAGUGAAAUAUGCAAAGUUGAAGAUGAGCUGAGCAUGAAUAUCCUCAUAAAAGAAGUUUCUGAUGUUUACCUUCUCACACAAUCAACAGAUGUUGGAAGCAUGCAUUUUUUGGAGUUAGACUUUCAGCUUGAAUGCUGGAAGGAAUUUGGUUUAUAUCUUGAAGAUGAACUCAACAAAACAAGAGCCCAUUUGAAAAUGCAGGAACUUGCCAAUGCUGCAUUAGAGGACAAGUUACAACGGUGUACAAAUUUCUUGAGAGUUGAAGUACCUGGUGAAAGUGACAUGCCCAACGCCCCAGUUCCAGAUGUGGGUAAAAUUUUCUUACCUGAUUGA